AUGCACACUCUCCUGCCACCUCAGUCCCCCAUCCUCCUCUGCCCUCCUUGUUCGCGCGAGGAGCCGACAUGCGGACAGCCAGGCAACACCGCGUGGCUGUGCGAGGUCGACGGCCCCGCCCUCUCACCAUGGCCUCGCACUCCCCUCGCCCUUUGCCCCUCUGUCCUCCGGCCUUCUCGUUCGCGCGAGGAGCCGACACGCGGACCACGAGGAGACACCAUGUGGCUGCGCGAGGUCGACGGCCCCGCCCUCACACCGCCGCUUUGCACUCCCCUCGCCCUUCGCCCCUUCCUCCGACCUCCUCGUUCGCGCGGGCAGCCGACACACGAACGGCCAGGCACUGUUUGUUGUUUCCCGCCACUCUGA